AUGAAGGUCACGAUCGACCUUAAUCUCGUUACGUUUUUGUUGGACGAAGGUGAAGAGAUAUAUACAUCUGAAGAUGAAUCGCAGCCAGAAAUGAGCGUAUCCCAGCUACAACAAGUUGAUGAAAAGCAGCAGGAGAUCACUGAAACCGAUGAAGAGAUAGAUACAUCUGAAAAUGAACUGCAACAAAAAACGAAUAAAACCGACCCUCGGGUACAAGAAACAAAUCCGGAUUACCAAGAAGUGGAUGAAGUGCAGUCGAAGAUAACUGCAAUUCAACAGCAACUAAAUGCGACACAACAAGGCAUAACUGCACACUAUCAAAAACUCAAUAAAAUAAGCCAGUAG